CGACCAUGACCUAAAUGUGCAAGCAAUUUUCGACAGUGAAACCUGUCACUUCGAUGACACAAUCUUACAGUUGUAUCAUAUGAAUGCAGAACGCGGUCCUGCCCUGAAAGAUGCCAUCCACGAUUCUGAUGCCCAUCGGCCCACCUGGGUCGGGAAAAUCAACUCUGUGCAAUGGUCUGCAGCAAUUCAUGAGAGCUAUUGCCCGACCAGUAUCCAUAGGCAAUAUCGAUCCUGCAAAUGACUCAUUACCUUACGAAGCGGACUUCGACGUUCGCGAGAUUGUAGAUGUCGACGAAGUAAUGGAGCGCGAAGGGCUUGGACCGAACGGUGGAGUCUUGUGGGCGAUGGAGGAACUAGAGGCCAAUUUCGACUGGCUGGAGAGCAAAUUAGAACACUGCGAAGAGACGAUCCUACUCGACUCUCCUGGCCAGCCGGAACUACUCACGCAUCAUAUGGCGCUGCCAAAGUUGAUGCAGCGCAUGGAGAAGCUAGGCCAUAGAGUAGUCGUCAUACAGCUGUUGGACUCCGUCGUUCUCACACGACCGAGUCUGUACAUGAGCAGCUUGUUACUUUGCUUGCGAGGAAUGCUCCAUCUUCCUUAUCCGGCAGUCAACGUGUUGACCAAACUUGACAAUCUCAAAGCUGUUGGAGGAGCAGAUCUUCCAUUCAACCUCGACUAUUACACCGAAGUACAGGACCUUCAUUACCUUCUCCCACAUCUCUCUGCGGAGCAGGGUGUAUCAUCACCCAGCAGCGAAGAUAAAUGGUCGAAACUCAACGAAGCACUAAUCGAUCUGAUCACUGACUUUGGAAUGAUUGGCUUCGAGACGCUCGCCGUGGAAGACCGUCAGAGCAUGUCUAUUCUCCUCCGCGCCAUCGACCGAGCAAGCGGGUUUGCUUUCGCAGGAGCUCGAGCCACCGAUGAGAGUGGACGCACGCUCAACGACGAAGCUAGCAUCUGGGCGCAAGCCAUGAGCGAGAAUUACGGGAAGCUGGAUGUUCGUGAUGUCCAGGAGCGAUGGAUCGAGCGAAAAGAAGAAUUCGACGAGUUGGAGCGCAAGGACUGGGAGGAUGAAGCGAGACUUGCGGGUGCGCUGCCAGAGAAGCCUGCAGCCGGAGUAUCGAGGAAAGUGGACCCCACGCCCACUGAUGUCGCUAUGGGUGAUGCUGAAAACGAUGCCAACGAUGACGACGACGAUGAUGCGCUACUCGCAGCACAACGGGAAUGGCAGGCGAAGAAGGCUCAAGGCGUCGAGCAGAGCGCGAAGGUUGUGCGCAAAUCAUAAUGAGCGUAAUGAACAACAUGGAUGUUGCAUUCUGAAUUGUCAUACAAAUACCGCGAGGAAGAGAGCUCCAAAGAUGAUACUAUCUUCAGUUCGACAUGGCGAGUUUCUGCGACUCUGCCGCUGCCUCUCGUUGUCGUAGGUUGCGUUAGUUCAAGAGACUCUCAUACAGGCCAUUUGCGCUCCCGACGCACUUCCUACAUAUCAUCUUACGCCC